AUGACUCAAGACCAAAAAGGAAUGUACGUAAUAGGUUACGGAAGUCUAAUAUUUAAACCACCACCCCACGCUUCAUUUAGAAUAUCAGGCCAUUUAAUUAACGUCAUACGUCGAUUUUGGCAAUCAAGUAUAGAUCAUAGAGGUACUCCUUCUAAUCCAGGUCGAGUAGUUACUUUAAUUACAAAAGAACAAUUACAAAAUGAUAGGUUUUUCCAUAAUGAUUUACAUGUAUAUGAAUUCAAAAAUUAUAAAAUACAAGAUGUGGAUUUAAAAAUAUCUGAUUUAAAAUCACAAGAUUUGAAAGUUUUUGGAUGUGCUUAUUAUAUUGAACCACAACAUGUACAAGAAGUGAAUGAUUAUUUAGAUAUAAGAGAACAGAAUGGGUACGAGUUGAGUAAGAUUAAAUUCUACAUAAAUAAAAAAGAUGAGAAUUUUGGAAAAGUGCCUUUGUCCGAUAUUAAGAAAGAUGAAUUUGGUGAAUAUAUUGAAAGUUUCAUAUAUAUAGGUGGAUUAGAACUAGAGAGUUUUAUUGGACCUGAAGCCAUAGAGGAAACAGCUGCUAUAAUCAAGUCAAAUGUGGGACCGAGUGGUAAAAAUAGCGAAUACUUGAUAAAAUUAAACGACGCUAUUAAAGAAUUAGGUUAUAUAGAUUAUUACUUAGAAGAUUUAAUAAAACUAAUACAAUAA